AUGAACACCUUCCAAUCUAACGAGUCCGUCUGCCCAGUGGAAAUCCUUUUCGCCCUCUCCGGCUCACACAACAUGACCCUCUCCACCAUCGGCUUCACCACCGGCCCCGUGGACGCCCGCUCGCCCGCCCCCUUCUACCAGGACGUCGGAGACAACAACACCACGCCCUUCGACCCCAAGUUCGUCAUCAACCCGCAGAUCAUCGCAACCCACGACUUCUCCAACGCGCCGCCCCUCGACAUCCUUAUCGUCCCCGGCGGCACCGGCGACUUCCUCCUCGACAACCAGCACAACUUUACCAUGGAGCACUUCAUCGCGAGCCGCUUCGACGCCGCACAGUACGUGCUGUCGGUGUGCACGGGCGCGACGACGCUCGCGCGGGCUGGCGUGUUAGCCGGGCGGCGCGCCACGACGAACAAGAGCGCGUGGAAGUGGGCGACGGCGUCGCGGCAUGGGUCGAACAUCACGUGGGUGCCGAGUGCACGGUGGGUCGAGGAUGGGAAGGUUUGGACAAGUUCCGGGGUCGCUGCGGGCAUGGAUAUGAUGUAUGCGUUUGCAGGGCAUUACUGGGGGUGGGACGUGGCGAAUGCGACGGUCAAUAAGAUCGAGUAUACGCCGCAUGCGGAUAGGCAUUGGGAUGCUUUUGCGGUGGUGCAUGAUGUACCUGGUGCGGACAGGAAUGAGUCGUUGACGGAUUGUCUUAGGCCUGCUGGCUGGUGA